GUCCUCACUAUUCACUAUGAGCAGACCACCGAGCUUCCCACCAGAACCUUAAUCCCGUCAGUUUUCUGGUCUCUGUUUCACCGUUCACUUUGGCGUCGGUUAGCAUUUCUCUCUUGGGCUACAUCAGUUAUUUUGUAAUUGCCAAUCAAUGAAUGGAAUAUAUGCUUGAAAUUGUCCUUCCUUCCAAUUUGCUGGAGUUUUACUUCACCCUUUGGGUGCUGAGAAACUCGAGCAAAAGCCCCAGUCUUUUGAGGUGAAUUCUAGUCAACUGAGUGUCUCUUCGCUCUCGAGAAUUCCCUCUGUUGACGUGAGCUUUAAUUCUUGGUGUCUCCAAUCUUGAAGUCGACGUAACAACAGCUCUUUAUCUGUGGCUCGAUCAUCUCUUGGGUCGAGAUUUUUCAUCUUUCGAAGGAUUGCAUCUAAGGAAGACUGAUAAUAUGGCCUCUGCAUAUGGCUUUGCUCCUUCCACGAAGUUGAGAUGUUUCCCUUUCCCGUCCUCUUCACAUCAAUCGGCUGCCCAUCAGCUUUUUGCGACUCCAUAUAAGCAGAAUCGCACCCUAGCUUGCUACUUGAGAAUGCCAUCGAGAAUUCGCAGCCAAAAAAAUCAUCCCUUUUUCACCACUAGACCUAGAAGGUUCCGCGAAUUUUCGCUGACCAAGUCUCUGGAAUUGGAAGAAUUCGUGACAAGUGAUGAUGAAGAUGAAAUGAGCGAUGGGUUCUUCGAGGCAAUCGAGGAAUUAGAGCGGAUGACGAGGGAGCCAUCCGAUGUUCUUGAAGAUAUGAAUGACCGUCUCUCGGCAAGGGAAUUGCAGUUAGUGCUUGUGUACUUCUCUCAAGAGGGGAGGGACUCGUGGUGUGCACUUGAGGUAUUUGAGUGGUUGAAGAAGGAGAAUAGGGUUGAUAAGGAGACCAUGGAGCUCAUGGUUGCGCUAAUGUGUGGUUGGAUGAAGAAAUUGAUUGAAGGAGCGCAUGAUGUUGGUGACGUGGUUGACCUUUUGGUUGACAUGGACUGUGUCGGCUUAAAGCCUAGCUUUAGCAUGAUCGAGAAGGUGAUUUCGUUGUACUGGGAGGUCGCAAAGAAGGAUGAGGCAAUUCUGUUUGUCAAGGAAGUCUUGAGGCGCGGCAUUGCUUAUUCAGAUGAUGAUGGCGAGGGUCAUAAAGGAGGCCCAACUGGGUAUCUGGCUUGGAAGAUGAUGGUUGACGGCAACUACAGGGAUGCGGUCAAAUUGGUGAUACAUCUCAGAGAAUCAGGGCUAAGGCCGGAGGUUUACAGCUAUCUCAUUGCAAUGACUGCUGUGGUUAAAGAGCUAAAUGAAUUUGCUAAAGCCUUACGUAGGCUGAAAGGACUUGCUAAGGAUGGUUUGAUUGCUGAUCUUGAUGUUGAAAACAUUGCGCCAAUUGAGAAGUAUCAGUCAGAUCUCCUGGCUGAUGGCAUCUGCUUAUCCAAAUGGGUCAUGGAAGAGGGAAGCUCCUCUCUUCAUGGAGUGGUUCAUGAGAGGCUUCUUGCCAUGUACAUAUGUGCCGGUCAUGGUCUUGAAGCAGAAAGACAGCUUUGGGAAAUGAAGCUUGUGGGUAAGGAAGCUGAUAGUGACCUUCACGACAUUGUUUUAGCUAUCUGUGCUUCCCAGAAGGAGGUCAACGCUAUAGGACGCUUGCUUACUAGAACGGAGAUUGCUAGUUCGAUGCGGAAGAAAAGAACCUUCUCGUGGUUGUUGAGAGGUUAUAUUAAAGGUGGACACCUUGAUGAUGCUGCCGAUGCUCUAAUUAAAAUGCUUGACUUGGGUGUGUAUCCAGACUAUUUGGACCGGGCAGCUGUGCUGCAGGGCUUGAGAAGUAGAAUUCAACAAUCAGGAGAUGUGGGUGCUUAUCUCAAGCUAUGCAAACGCCUUUCCGAUGCCAAUUUAAUUGGACCUUGUCUGGUGUAUGUCUAUGUUAAGAAACAUAAGCUUUGGAUCGUGCGGAUGCUUUAAAUGGUUCAGAUAAAGAGCUCAGAGACUCCUCUAUCCGACUUUAUUUUUGGGGUCAAUGACUUCUUAGGAUACAGCGCUAGCUGCAAGUUGUUUAGCUCUGGUUUCUCGCCUUGUAAAUUUUGUACAAUGUAUCAGUGUCUUGGUUACAAAAUGAACACACUUUCUACACAGUGGUGUCUGUAAACAUGAGGAAUUGUUCGGUAUAUAUUUUGUCUAAUACACAAAUACGUGAGCUACGGCCCACAGGUA